AUGUGGACAUGCCCUAAACUUCCUGGGUACUUCAAAGCUUCUGCUCUGAACUUGGUCAUUUUUGGCCAUGACCUUCCUGUGGCUCGAUUCCUUCAACGAAGACUCGUUUGGAUACUACUUUACGUCCCGAAAACGCUCCGAGAAACCGUUUACGAAUCCGUCAACUCUUCGUGGAGACCUUCCUGUGCAUCGAUUUCCAUCAACGAAGACUUGUUUGGAUACUACUUUACGUCCCAAAAACGCUCCGACAAACCGUUUAUGAAACCGUCAACUCUUCGUGGAGGCUUGUUUGGAUACUACUUUACGUCCCGAAAACGCUCCGACAAACCGUUUACGAAACCGUCAACUCUUCGUGGAGACCUUCCUGUGCAUCGAUUUCCAUCAACGAAGACUUGUUUGGAUACUACUUUACGUCCCAAAAAUGCUCCGACAAACCGUUUACGAAACCGUCAACUCUUCGUGGAGACCUUCCUGUGCAUCGAUUUCCAUCAACGAAGGCUUGUUUGGAUACUACUUUACGUCCCGAAAACGCUCCGACAAACCGUUUACGAAACCGUCAACUCUUCGUGGAGACUUGUUUGGAUACUACUUUACGUCCCAAAAAUGCUCCAACAAACCGUUUAUGAAUCUGUCAACCCUUCGUGGAGACCUUCCUGUGGCUCAAUUUCCUUCAAUGUGGACUCGUUUGGAUACUACUUCACAUCCCAAAAAUGCUCCAAGAAACCAUUUGCGAAUCUGUCAACCCUUUGUGGAGGUACAUCUGUUUGUAAUUUCGUGUUUUUUGAACUUAUGCUAAACUCUGCCCAAGACCUUCCUGUGGCUCAAUUCCCUUCAGUGUAG